UUUUGACGACACUAUACACACGAUCAGCCCAACACGCCGACUCGUUACCAAUAAUUGACCGGACUCAAGUGGACGAAAAUAUCACAAAAUUGCAUGAAAAAUGCCGAAGGUUAAAGUUCUUAGUAGGAAUCCAGAUGACUAUGUCCGAGAGACGAAGCAUGAUAUACAUAAAGUUCCCCGUAAUUAUGACCCAUCCUUGCAUCCGUUUGAGGCACCGAGGGAGUAUGUGAGAGCUCUGAACGCCACCAAACUAGAAAGGGUGUUUGCCAAGCCCUUCUUAGGGUCACUGGAAGGUCAUACUGAUUCUGUCCAUUGCAUGAGGAACCAUCCGACCAAUCUGUCAACGGUCGUCUCAGGUGGAUGCGAUGGCACGGUCAAACUUUGGGAUCUUUCAACCAGAGCAUGUCAGAGGUCUAUCCAAGCACACAAAGGCUUUGUGAGAGGGUUAUGUAUGGACAAGUCUGGUCAGUUCUUAUUCACAGUUGGAGAUGACAAAGCUAUCAAGAAAUGGAGAACAUUUCCCGACGCGAAUGAAACAAGUCCAAAACCAUUGAAUACCAUUAUAGGAAAGAACAUGUUCAUUUCAAUCGAUCAUCAUUGGAAGGAGCCCAAGUACGCUACGUGCGGGUCACAGGUCGACAUCUGGGAUGAGACGCACGCUGACCCCAUCAGGACGUACUCGUGGGGGUCAGACAGUAUACACAACAUCAAGUUCAACCCAGUGGAGACUUACAUGCUAGGUAGCUGUACCCAGGACAGGAACAUCAUCUUAUAUGACAUGAGAGGGGCGGCGCCACUCAGGAAGGUCGUCAUGGAGAUGAGAACAAACACCAUCGCAUGGAAUCCAAUGGAGGCUUUCACAUUCACAGCAGCCAAUGAAGAUUACAACUUAUACACAUUUGACAUGAGGAAUUUGAAGACUGCCCUCAAUGUUCACAUGGACCACAUCUCAGCGGUGGUGGAUGUAGAUUACUCACCGACUGGGAAGGAGUUUGUGACUGGUAGCUUUGACAAGACCAUCAGGAUAUACAAUGUGGAUAAGGGACAUAGCCGUGAGGUAUACCAUACGAAGCGUAUGCAGCAUGUUAGCUGUGUAAGAUGGAGUCUGGAUAACAAGUACAUUCUCAGCGGCUCUGAUGAGAUGAACAUCAGGAUAUGGAAGGCUAAUGCAUCGGAGAAGCUCGGAAAGCUGAACCGAAGAGAAGAGGCAUCCACACUGUACAAUUCCAAACUGAAGGAGAAGUUCCAGCACCACCCGCAGGUGAAGAGGAUAAGCAGACAUCGCCAUGUACCGAGUCUGAUCUACAGGGAGACCAAGACUAUACGCAUCCAGAAGGAGUCAAAGAAACGAAAGGAACACAACAGGAGGAAGCACAGCAAACCAGGAUCAGUCCCGUUCAAGCCAGAGAGAAAGAAACACAUCUUAGCAGAAGUGGAAUGAUAAAAUACUUAAUAAAGUUAUUCUUCAUCUUGGAACAUUAUGCAUUGCAAUGCUUGCUGCAUAGAGAACCGUUGAAAAUGAUCUCAACUUCUUAGCUCUCUCUUGCUGUCAUGAUUAUGACACGUGACUACUCUUAUACAUGGGAUAUCCGCUGAUGGCUAUUUCUUGGUCAACCAUCAUGCUACGGUGACCACAAAAUUCAUUGUCCUCUUGAAUGGUGUUUUGCUGAACAUCAUAACAGGGGCCGGUUGUAUUUUGGAUUCCAGUGCCUGGCUUACCCCUAUUGAAAAGACUCGAGAUGAAUGUUGCUUUGUCUUUCUUUGAUGAAAAGCCACAGUUUUACCAUCUCAUUUUGCAUAGCUACCUCAUGCAAGAUUAAACUCCACAGUACCACUAGGUUUAGAAAACUUCUGUUGUUGUUAAACCUGUCGUUAAAAGAAGCUGUAAUCUUUGUUCAGUCCAAUUAAUACGCAUUGAAAUGUUUUUGGGUGGGAUCUGCAGUCCACAGUGUUGGAUCGGUUAAUGAUGGGUUGCUAAAAUCAGUCUAAAUUGGUCUAAAUUACAUUAGAUUCUAAUUUCAAUAGAGUGAGUUGAAGAUACAAGUGGUUAUUUUCUGAGUUGAUGAAGACAAAUCUUAAAUGAAUCCUUCCACAUUUUUUAUUACAUGCCAGAGUCUACCUGAGAUGAAGGCUUAUGAAGUACAUUUCAAUGUCUGUCAUGGAAAUGUGUACAUAGCCGAUAUUGGGGUUUUCUGCAUGGCAAAAAGAUAUAUUUUAUCUGUAUUUUUGUUUCAUUUUACAAAUAAUAUUUAUUUAAUCGCCCAUGUACUUGUGAGCUAAUCCACUUUUGGUAGUAAUACUGAUCGAACUACAUUUUUAUCCUUUCAUUUUUCAGGAUAUGUAAUCUGUGGCAUAAUUUCGAAAUGCCUCCUUCCACUUUCCCCCAAGAAAAAAAAAUAUAUGAACAUGAGUGUAUGGAAUGACAUGUGUAACAGUGUGAAGACACAAUCAUGAAUCCAAAGUUAUGAAAUUGUUGUUGCAUUUUUAUUAUAAUAAAUCAUAAAAUUCGACUACAAA